ACAACUUUCAACUCUGUCAUUUACCAUUGCACUUUCUACGUUUUAUAAUGAUUUCGUAGCACAUGUCAUACGAGAUAAGUCAAAAAUAGACUGCCAAAAUAAAACGAAAAGUCAACGUUUAAUAUUAGUAAUCUCAACAGUACAAAUUAUUAAAAAAAUAUCAGGUAAUUAGAGUAGAUAGGUGAAAAUUAUGAGCAAUUGGGCACCUUCCAGGUGAAACAAAGUUUUCCCUUUGUUUUAAAAUCAUCAUAUGGGCCCCCUUAAUUCUCGUACCAUGGGUGAUGAUGAUUCUAGAUCUUCAGAUUAUGAUAGUGAUAACGAUGAAGUACGUUACGAUCUCAUUCAAAGGAUAAUUAAUAGUUUUGCUCAUAGCCCUCGUGAACGAGUGGAUUUAUCGGAAUAUACAUAUUCUUGUGAACAAUAUGGUGCCAGGUUGCCAAAAGUGUAUAGACCAUGUGUUAAAAGACUUUCUAAAAGUCACUUUUACUUUAGUACUAAAAUUGCUAGUGGAUUGAUAACAUCAAGAAGACGACCUGUUGGUAAUAAUAUAACUUCAAUGCUCUUAAAUCGAGAACGAAAUAUGUGUCCUUAUGAGAAAUUUUCUAGACCAAAUAAAAUUAGAAUAGAAAAUUGGUUUUUGCCAAAUACAAUGGAAGAAAUUGAUCGGUACAGCGGAAAAGCGUUUUGCGGUGUUUUUUCAAACGAUGGAAAUUAUUUUAUAACCGGCGCUCAAGACCAAAAAAUUAGAGUAUACGAUUCGAGCGAUCAUCAUUAUAAACUUAAAUUUACAAUUCCCGGACGAGAUAUCGGAUGGAGUAUUUUAGACGUUUCCGUAAGCCCUACAAGAAAACAUUUCGUUUAUUCAACUUGGUCUUCGCAAAUUCAAUUAUGUAGUUUAGAUGAUCCUGAUAAGCAAAUGGCCUUAAAUUUAAUUCCAACCAGUAGAAGAUUCGCGAUAUUCGCUUUGGCUUUUUCCGCCGAUGGAAGGGAUGUUUUAUGCGCCGGAAACGAUGGGCAUCUUCACACAUACAACAUCGAUCGGAAUGAACACGUACAUGGGAUUCGUGCUCAUGAUUUUGACGUAAACAGUAUAGCUUUCGCUGAUGAUUCCUCGCACGUAAUUUUCAGCGGAGGUGACGAUGGUUUAGUUCGCGUUUGGGAUCGACGGACGUUAGGCGAUGACGAUUGUAAACCUGUAGGAAUGCUGGCGGGUCAUAAAGAUGGAAUAACGCAUAUUUGUUCGCGCGGUGAUAAUAGGCAUCUUAUAUCAAAUAGUAAGGAUCAGACGAUUAAGCUGUGGGAUCUGCGAAUGUUUUCGGAUCAGACAGCUAUUGAAAGUACGCAAAUGUGUGUUAAAAAUCAAACUUGGGAUUAUCGUUGGCAAGGUGUGCCAAAAAAUAUGAUGAGUACAAAAAGUGUAUUACCUGGGGAUAGUUCAAUAUUAACAAUGCGUGGGCAUGUUGUUACCAGAACUUUAAUUAGGGCUAGAUUUUCACCUUUGGAAACUACUGGCCAAAGGUAUAUUUAUACAGGUUGUGGAUAUGGAAGACUUAUAAUAUAUGACGCUUUAACUGGUAGAGUAAAACGUUCGUUAAAAGAACACUCAGUUUGCGUUCGAGAUAUUUCCUGGCAUCCAACUCGACCGGAAAUUUUAACAAGUUCCUGGGAUAAAACGGUUGGUCGAUGGACGUAUAAAUACAUAGAAAACAAUAAUAAGUCGGAUGGGGCAGCUUCGGAAAAUGGGAAAACAGAAACGGUACGUAGAAGUCCAAGAAUAGCUCUUCAACAGUUGAAGAAUGCGUCAACUGAAGGCGAAGAAGGAUUCUGAAAAAAAUAAAGCGUAUCAAAUGGAGUGUUUAUAUAUUGUACAUUAUUUUGUUAAAAAUAUUAAUUCAUUUUUUUUAUAUAACAUUAUAUUAUAGAUCGCGGUUGAUACUUGUUACUCAAGCUGCAAUAAUCUAGUAUUAAGAAUAAAAUUUAAAUCACCUCCAUAAA